AUAAAGUGUAUUUAAUGUAUUAAUAAGUAACAGAAGAGACAGAUAUACAAAGUCAUAUGAUUGAUGUGGAACCAAAGAUCAAUUGUCAAGAUGCUGGAAUGCAAAAUCCUGAAAUUAUACCCAAUGGAUCAGAUGAUAUAUCAGAUUCAGAUUUACUUACUGCGAAAAUUAAGCGUCCAAAUGGUUUUCGCGGAGAUCCCCUUUUUGCGGACGAUAGAACUGCCGAUCCGCUUCUUGAUAUUCAAUGCCAAAUUAGACCUGACAUAAAUGAUCCACAAGAAGAUAAUUAUUUUCUGAAAGUAACGGAUUUUACUCGCUGUGGAAUAAUUAAACGAAAUGGUUUCAUACAUAUAAGAAUAUGGUUUCCAACAUUCCCUGGUGUUGUCAUGCUUGCUGAUCAAGAAUUGAUAUUAAUGUGCCGUCCACCAGAACCAACACUCCUACGCCAUAAAGCUGCAGGAUUUGCCGGAACAUUCCCACAUGGUGCAAGAGUGUCAGGUAUUGUAGAAGAAACCCCAGGACAUCUAGAGUAUGAAGUAGCACUAUACCGUGAAGCAAAUGAUAACAUAUCAGACACAUCUACCAGUUUUGUUAUGUCUCAAGCAGUGGAUCAAGCAGUACCAAUUGGCACAAAAUUGCAAUUACGCACACGCAUUAAUCCUGAAAGUGCUUGGAGUUACAUAAAACUUCUCGAAGUCACAGUUAGUCCGGACCCAAAUCAACCCCAUGCAUUAGGUAGUGUCAUUUUGGUCGAAGAUGGAUGUAGAAACCGUGAUUUUGCUUCCAUUAUACCUCAUCAGCCGUCACGCUAUCAUGGUAAAAAUAAUGAAAUUUUCCUUGAUUUUGAGGCUUUUCUCUUGAGCUCGAUAAGGGAUAAGUCCACUCUUUGGAUCCACUCGCAAAUCAAAGCCUGUAUGGAAGCCCAAGAUUGUCAACCGGACUUUUGUUUUGACCUUUUUGAACCAUCAGGUCAUGGAAAAAGAAGAAAGAGAAUAAUACAAACUCAAGAUAAUAUUACAAAGUAUUAUCCAAACAUACAGCAAAUAAAAUAUAAUAACUCAAUGCCCACAACAGAAUUUAAAGAAUACAUUAAAUACACUGUUACUAUGACAGAUAAUUUACAUGACAGAGUUACAUCCAACAUGGAAGGUAACUGUGAAAAUUUCUUAUAUGUAGCAACUGGGCUUGGCAGCUUACUUAUCUUACUGGCAUUAAUGUUGUGCUAUUUAACAUUCCGACUUCACAACUUAAAUAUUUUAAUACCUGCACAAAAUAAAUCAAUUAAUAAUAUCAUGACAGAUCAAACAAGGAAGUAUGAUGCAAAUCAGAAUUACUCAGGUCGCAUAACAUUACAAUAAUUCUUUUACACACAUAGAAAAAGAAAUUUAAUUAA